AUGACGCAAACAACUGACAGCCUGCUAUGGAAACCACAUCAGAUCACAUUGCCUGAAGUAGGCGCCUGCUGCCUCUAUAUUCCAAAGGUUGGUGAUGAUUCGUCAGAAGCCGAGUGGUCACUCAAGGAUGUGACAGGGUGGGUCUGGACAUCCAGUGACCCUGCCAAAAGGUAUAGUCGUUGGAAAUCACAUCAGGAGAGGGUGGCAAACCUGUAUCACUACAUGUUGCACGGAGAGGUUCCAACAUUGAGGCAAUGUGUCACUGAGAGUGGCAAGAAUGAGAAUGAAACAAUGAUGUAUGAGAGGACAAUUCCCACAAGCAUGGUUUUUGCAUUGAUGACGUACGCCCUACAGAACACAACCUUUGAAAUAGAUAUCCGGUUACGAGUCGGUGUCAUUUUCCACAAGUUGCUUGACAUGCUGUGUGAAUCUCCAAGUGUCAUCGAUGCUCUGGAAAUCCGCAUUCUGGAAAAGGCAGGCGACUAUUUCAUGCCACGCUCGAACACUUUCAGGUCCAGCGAUGUUUGGUCCACUGAGGCAUGCAAUGUUUUUGAAAGGUUGUGGCACAAUUCUGCGUUGGAAGAGAGCCGGGCAUGGCUCAACACAACUCCCAACCACAUGACUGUUCCAGCAUUCACAUUGUUUUGCAUAGAUGUGGGCUUUACUCAGAAUGCUUCUUGUUUGCUGGCAGCAGGGAUCGAUCUGGUUUUUCAACUAGCGGCGUAUUGCAGCGCAAAGGCUUUGGAAGCACUUGCCACGGGGUUUUCCCUCAAGAGAAGUAAGCUGGUGGGCCAAUCGGUUAGAUUGCGUCAAGGUUCUAAGGUGUCAGCAUGCUUUGAAGCUUGCCAAAUGAUUGUGGAUCAAAGAGCUUUCGUAGUUGAGACCAUCAAGACUCUCAUGGAACCAGAGUACCAAUGCUAUCCUAUCUACUGCUCCUCCGCAGAUGCUGGGCAUUCGGGAGCUGCUAGGACCAGAACCUAUAUCAUCAUGCGAUACAUUGCUGAGACAGACUGUCUGGGUGACCCAAUUGAGCUUUACUACAAAAUUGCUGACUACAUCAGAUCACAGGUGGCCACAGAACCAAAAGAUUACAUGAUUGCAACACAAGAGGAGAUCCGGCUAGAAGCCCAAGCCGUGGCAAGAAGCCCUGUCCUCAAUUUUGCUCGGAACAAGUAUGAAUCCACUUACAACAGGGCCGCAGAUACGGACCCUAACCUGGCAAUCUUCUUAGGCGACAACAGCAACUACUCGGUGACAUGGUCAGCGAGCAGCCAUCGAAUACCGACUUUCAGGAUGAAUGCUGGGAUGAUGUAUUUCCCGUACCACGGCAGGUGGAUGUGCCACGCAGAAAAGCUGGCAACUUUUGGUUUCCCCGUUCGUUCCUCUUUGGCCACAGCACUGGGGACCCCAACUGUCCCGAUUCGAGAUGAACGCCGAGCUGCAACCUUGGCCGGGAAUUGCAUGGUGCUUCCAGUGGUGACAAUUGUCACUUUGGUGGCCCUGUCAUGUGUGGCUGACAAGAAAUGUACAGGAAGCGCAUAUUGA